AUGUCGGAUCUGGAAGAAAUUGGCGAUAUGAGCAGCUUUGAUGCCUGGUUGGAGAAAGAUUUUCUAAGCAAGAUUAGCCGAUUGGAGACGGAAUGUGAGGAUGCUCGGGAAAAAAUCAAAACCCUCGAUAAGGAUCUGAAGAAAAAGACAAUCGAGUGCGACAUUUUGAGGGCCAAGGUGGGAAAGUUGGAAACUGUUCCGUCCAACAAUGCAGCUUCGACGGAGAAAAUCGAAAACUUGGAGAAGGAAUUGAAGAGAAAAACAAUGGAAUUGGAUAUUCUAAGGUCUAAGCUAUCGAAUGCCGAAACUAAACCGGAAGCAUCGCAAGAUUUAGCCGAAAGGGUGAAACAGUUGGAAAAGGAGCUGAAAAAGCGAAUCAUCGAGAAUGGAAUCUUACGUGGAAAGCUGACUGAGGUAGACUCGGAGCCAACAACACCGGAAGCGAAGGAAAAAAUCGACGAUCUGGUGAGAAACCUACAGAGAACCGAAAGCGUAGUCUUGAAGGAAAAAGUUAAGGAAUACGAAGGAGACCACGAACCAUCCGAGCGCACUGGUGAACUCGAAAGAGAGCUGAAGAAAAAGAGCAUCGAGAGCGACAUCCUACGGUCAAAGCUAAAACAAUUUGAAAGCUCUCCGGGAACACACCAAGAAUCAAGCGACAAAAUCCGUGACCUGGAAAAAUUGGUUAGAAAGUAUCAAAUUGAAGCUGACAUUUUGAGAGCCAAAGUAUCGUCGAUGGAAAGCGAUGCUGCUAACAAGGAUGAUGAAGAAUCUUCGGAGCGAAUUGAAGAGCUAGAAAAGGGGCUCCAAAGAAGCACAACCGAAGGUAACUUGUUGCGGGCCAAAAUGCGAAUGUUCGAGAGCGAAUCAACCGCUGCGCAUGAUUCCAGCAGCGAACAGAUCGACGAACUGAAAAGAGGGUUGAAGAAAAGUACAACCGAAAGUCAAAUUCUUCGUUCUAAGCUGUCCGAAUUGGAAAAUAAACAGAGCGCCAGCGGCGCUAGCACGUACAAAAUCGAAACGCUGGAGCAGGAGUUGAAGAAGAAAAACAUUGAAAACGAUAUUCUUCGAUCCAAGGUGGACCAGCUGGAAAGAGUACCGCUGGCAGACAGCCCAGCCAAUGCUAAAAUUGAGGAACUGCAGAAAGAGAUUCGCAAGUUGAAAAUCGAAAAUGACAUUCUUCGAUCGAAACUAAAUCAAGCGGAGGAGGAGCCAUCCGAAUCGCAAGAAUCAAGCGAUCGGAUAAGCGAACUGGAGAAUGAACUAAAGAAACGCACGAUUGAAAGUGACAUUCUGAGGGCGAAAGUCACCCAGUUGGAGUGUGAACUGUCACCGACUAAAAACUCCAACGAGCGCAUCGAGGACCUUGAAAGUGAGCUGAAGAAAAAGACGAUCGAAAACAACAUUCUCAAGUCGAAAGUCACUCAACUGGAAACGGAAGUUAUUUCCCACCAAGCCAGCGGCAAGAAGGGAGAUUCCACGGAAAUCCGGAAACUCAAGGAAAAGCACGAAGAAGUUCUCACCAAAGCCAAAGAACUGCUUUUCGAGCGAACCAAAACGGUUAAAACCCAGGAGAUGCAGAUCAAAGCACUGCAAAAUCAGAUCGAAAACAUCAAGGAGGUCGUCUCCGUCACCAAGGAUAUGCUGAACAUCAGAAACAUGGAGCACGACCAGCUCCAAACACGGUUCGAGAACAUCGACAGCAAAAUGAAGGCCGAGCGGGAGAAGCAGACGUUGCUCGAGAAAAAGCUUGUCGCAUCCCAGAAGCUGUAUAACGACCUGCGGGAGGAGUACACGAAACAGGUGGAAUUGUUCAAGGCUUCCUCUGCUUCUACCUCCUCCGGCAGGACAUCCAAAAGAGCUACAGCGAGAAGCUCGAACUCAUCAAGAAGGAAAUCGAGCAGGUCCGAAACGGACAGAAGUAAUAAUCACCAGCAGGAAGAGGAACGCCAUCCGGACGAGAUUCGACCGGGCAACAGCUUUGAUUUGCGGGAAGCCCGAGACCACCAGGGAUUAACCGCGAUCCUGAGGAGGGAAAAGCGCCAGAAAGGAGAAAAAGAUCGUGAAAAGAUACAACAACUAUUGCAGGCUGAUGACACGCACAAGUUCUAUGAGCAGGUGAACCAAUCUCGUAAAGGACACACGCCGAAGCUUGCUAAUAUGUGUAGAGACGAGGAGGCAAACCUGUUCAGAAAUGAGCGUGGUGCUGUCGACAGGCGGAAGCAGCUCUUCUAUGAGCACCUCAAUGGCAAAGUAACGGAACGGAAGCUAACCUAG